UAUUUUGUUCCCUCUUCUCUCUCUCUCUCUCUCUCUCUCUCUCUGUAUAUUCUGUAAUUCAGAUUCGAGCCCCACUUCGCUUCUCUCUCCGACCGACCUUGAUACACAAACUCCUUUUGUUUUACAUUCCUGGAUCUGCAAAUUGAUGAUCUUUUAUUUAGGUUGUAUUUGAUUUAAACCACGUAAAACAGACGCUAUAUUAUUAUUAUUAUUAUUAUUUUCCUUAAAAGUCUUCAUUUGCACGCAAAGCUAAACCUGGUUGAAGAUUUAUGAGUAUGAGUUUAAAAGAUCAUAGAUGAAGAGACCAACACCGUUUCACACUCCACCACACUAGCAAGCAAAGCAAAGCAAACCCACCACCACUAUGGACAACAGAAACGUCGUCGUUUGUGACAAUGGCACUGGGUAUGUCAAAUGCGGCUUUGCUGGAGAGAAUUUCCCUACAUCGGUAUUCCCUUGUGUUGUGGGAAGGCCUAUGCUUCGGUACGAAGAAUCACUUGUGGAACAAGAGCUAAAGGAUAUUGUGGUUGGAGAAUCUUGUGCAGACUUGCGGCAUCAACUCGAUGUAUCUUAUCCUGUCAGCAAUGGUAUCGUGCAAAACUGGGAAGAUAUGAGUCAUGUGUGGGACCAUGCAUUUUACAAUGAAUUGAAAAUUGAUCCAACAGAAUGCAAGAUUUUGCUUACAGACCCACCUCUUAAUCCUUCAAAAAAUCGUGAAAAAAUGGUUGAGACCAUGUUUGAGAAGUACAACUUUGCUGGCGUCUUCAUCCAAAUCCAAGCUGUUUUGACAUUGUAUGCUCAAGGUUUGCUAACUGGAUUAGUUAUUGACUCCGGUGAUGGUGUUACUCAUGUGGUUCCUGUAGUUGAUGGCUACUCUUUCCCUCACCUUACAAAACGGAUGAAUGUAGCUGGUCGACAUAUAACAUCAUAUCUGGUUGAUUUGCUAUCACGAAGAGGGUAUGCAAUGAAUCGGACUGCAGAUUUUGAGAGUGUUAGGGAAAUUAAAGAGAAACUCUGCUAUAUAAGUUAUGAUUACAAAAGAGAGUAUCAAUUGGGCCUUGAGACCACUAUCCUUGUUAAGAAUUAUACUCUGCCAGAUGGAAGGGUCAUUAAAGUUGGCACUGAACGUUUCCAGGCUCCUGAGGCUCUUUUCACUCCAGAACUCAUAGAUGUUGAAGGUGAUGGGAUGGCUGACAUGGUAUUUCGCUGCAUUCAGGAGAUGGAUAUUGACAAUCGUAUGAUGCUUUACCAGCAUAUAGUCUUAAGUGGAGGGAGCACCAUGUAUCCUGGAUUACCUAGUCGUUUGGAGAAAGAAAUACUGGAUCGUUAUCUUGAAGUUGUUCUGAAGGGAAACAAAGAUGGGUUGAAGAAACUGCGAUUGCGGAUCGAGGACCCUCCACGAAGAAAGCAUAUGGUGUAUCUAGGAGGUGCAGUCCUCGCAGGAAUUAUGAAGGAUGCACCUGAGUUUUGGAUUAGCAGGGAAGAUUAUCAAGAAGAAGGAGUUGCUUGUCUAAGCAAAUGUGGCCAGGCAUGAUUUUUGGGGAGCAAAAGCAUCACUAUGAGCCAUCCAUAAUGGGUGAGAUAUAAAUGGGUGUGUGAGCUGAGAUGCCAUGUUUUUACCAUCUUUACAUCCCUAUGAGCCUUCGAUAAGCUUACUGAAAGAGUUUGACAAACGGGAUAAAACUCAUCAUGGCAUCACUCUGUUGUAUAACUAGAAAAAUUGAAAAUCUAUAGAAGAAAAUUAUUCAAUAUUUUGUAGCUGUUGUUUUCUAUUCAUUGUAUUUUAUUUUGACUGGAGUUAAAAAGUGUCAAGUUUGCAGCUGCAUUGUGACAAAGCUUAUUUGUUA